AUGCUUUUUGUGGCUCACGGGCUUGCAUCUCUAAUUAUCGGCUCAGCAAGCAGAGAUGCCCCGGCCCUGUGUGCACCGAACGGUGGGGGGCCUCACAUGGCAUCGGCCCCCUCCGACGAGGAUGCAGAGGAGGGUGCCUUCACCAUCCCAGAAUACAUCUUUGCAGCUCUAGCAGCCGAAGAACGGCUGAAACCGUAUCUUGCCGACGUUGCAAAGGAUGACAUCCUCGCGGAGCUGCAGCUCCUCACGGAGGAAGCAGGUGAAGAUGCUUGCACACAGUGGUCCGAUGGUGCAAACGUCUUGAGUGACGCCACGAUUGCCGGGAUCGUGGAUCUCGUCGUUACGUUGACAGAGGACUCAAAUGCCAGCGCGGCAGAUGUCCUCAAGGAGGCCGUGUCAUUGCUCCGCACUGACCUGCUGGAGGACGAGCGCAUUCAGCAGCUUCUUUCUGACAUUCAGGGUGUCCAAGCGGGUGGCCUCACGCCCAACUCUGUCGUUGGUGACGGUGUCAGUGGUGACGAGGUCGUCACAGACAGGUUGGAGCUGCUUGUGAUGGAUGCAGAGCAGGCCUUAGAACUGCAAGAUGCGUGGGGCAUGUACAUGGAGUCCUUUAGCUCGCGCGACAUUGCCUGCGACACACUUUUUGCUGCCUUCUAUGAUGCCGCUCCAUCCCUUCAUUAUUUGUUCAAAACCUCACGCGCGGUUAUAUCUGGCAGGUUCGCUGGAGGCCUUGAGAGCAUUGUGAUGGCCUUGCCGAAUGGCAAGGAAGUCAAAGCCCUGGUAGAACUUCUAGGUUUCAAGCACCUCGAACUUGAGGUGACGUCGCCGCGAAUAGCGGUUGUCAGAGAAGCCUUGUUGGAAGCCUUCACUGCGGAGCUGGGCGAUCGCUUCACGACCCUUGCUUAUGAAGGCUUGCGUAAGACUUUGAACUAUGCCGGUGGUGGAUGCAUCUAUCUUCGUGAAACAUUCGCGGAAAGGCUGCAAAUUCUGGCCUCGAGCUGGAAAACCGCCAGUGCUAAUGGGGAAGUCCAGGAUGACGAUUGGGAUGAGGAUAUUGCACAAGCAGACUCUGCGCGGGGAUCUGGUUCCCAAACGGUGUCGCAGACGGAGUCCCACACGGUAUCACAGGAUAAGGCAUCGCAGUCGAUGGCGGAGGUCCAGCCUCCUGCAGAGGAGGAAGCCAAGCGUGAGGUCCCGAACAAGAUCAGCAUGCAGGGUGUUCCGACGAGCUUCGACGACAUGUUCCGCUUCAAUGCUGCUGUCAUGGGCAUGGCUGACAGAGAGUGGAUGUAUGAGGUUUUGGACUGCUUUGACGCCAUCGUACGGAAUGUUGCGAACUCUUUCCGAUUACAGGAAGAAUGCGAUGUACUUUCCUUGCGAUUUGCCAAGUUGCCAGGUGUCGUCAUCCUUACGGAGUUCAAAGCCGUUAUGCUGGCUUCCUUACGAUCGCUGGUGCCGCAGGACUGGGACACUAAGCACGAGGAAGCUUGGGACUGGCUUUGGAGCAAUGUGGAGAAGAUUCUGGGCAAAGAGCUUGGCAAAGCAGCUGAGAGGGAACGCAGGGUAUCCCGCUACGUGGGAUCUAUGGAAGAUGAGACAAAGAUCGUGCUCAGUCGCAAAAUCUAUGCAAAGUUCUUUGCAGUGGCUCCAGAGGGGCAGAACUACUUCAAGCAAUCCUCUACGAGGCUACAGUUCAUCAUUGACAGAGUCGUUGAGAUGACCUUGUCCAUGUACCAAGUUCCUUGCCGAAUGGUGGAUGAAAUUUCAGCGCUUGGGUUGCGCCAUGUCGGCUAUGGCAUCCCAACAGAGUUCUUCAACCCCUUCGUACAGUGUUGUGUGGAAGUCAUGCGCGAAGUUACAAAUGAUGAGAAGCUGUGCGAUGGCUUCGGCUGGUCACUGGGGCUGAUCUCUCGGGUCCUGGUGCGAACCAUCAACGAGGGCUCCACAUUAGUGAUGAAGGCCAUCAACCUCAACUCGGCCAACAUGGUCAAAAAGGCGUUGACGCCCGUCCCCAGAGCUAAGCGUGCUAUGUGCAUGCUAAAGAUUACGGUCGGCACCCAAUCAAUUUCACCUCUGCUUUGGGCGAUAUCCAGUGGCAAUCUGGAGGCGGCACAUGAGAUUUUGGAAGACUUGCUAACGAUUCGUGCAGAUCGCGACCGAUACUACUUCGGCAACGAUGACCUGUUCUCCCGGCAUCCAGAUAUCGUACAGGUUCUGACAAAGGAGGCACCGACUUUGCUAGAGGUCUUGCUCGACAAACUGGUCUGGCGAUCGCGAGUGGCGGUUGGUGGUCAAAGACGCGUGAACUUUUUCAUCAAGCACUUGCUUGUGGAUGAUGAAGGACGUUUUGCGGGCGCGACGCAAUGGAUCUGCCAGAUGCAAGAUCCGGUGAUCGUCGUGCACUGCGUUCUCGAAACAUUGACGGAUCUGGUCUGGGCCAAUGUGAUAUAUGGGCCCUUCCUGCGGAGCAAAGUCUGGCUGUUGUUCACAUUGCUGGUGUUCCUCAUGAGCCAGUCGAUCUUAAAGACCUGGCAAGCAGAGGAUGAAGCAACACAGGGCACACUGCGGAUUGCGACUGCAGUUUGUCGAGCUUUUGUUUAUUUUGCGAGCAUGCUGGAGCUGAUCUACUCGCGUACAAGAAUAAGCUGCAAAGCCAUCAGAGAGGGGGACAUCAUCCGGCGAUGCCAGAUCCCUGUGCCCUCUAAGGUGAUCACAGACUGGCAGGAAUCUAUGAGCUGGCUUCUGACCUUGAUUCUUAUUGCCAUGUUCAUGGUUGAACCGAUACUGUAUUGCCUCCAGGCUGACGGCGAUUUUCCGGACGCGGGAAGGAGAGCAGCUAAAGUACAUACCAAUUCGCUAAAACCCGCUUCGGGCCUCAUGGCCGAGAUCGAAGCCGCGAGAAGUGAGGGCAUCAAUGGAGCGGAAGACGACGUUUACUUCGUGUCUGUGUCCUACAGGGGAACCGCUUAUGACGUACCCGUGCAAAGUGACGACCAACUUGCUUCUAUUUUCGACUUUGUCCAGGAAGCACUGGACUUUCCCAGGGAGAAUUGCAAGUUGAUCUUUCGUGGGAAAGUCCUGAGACCAGACAAUGACAGCCAAACAGUGGCGGAAGCUGGCCUUGCAGCGGGAUGCAAGGUUAUGUUAGUGGCGAGCUCUGCCAAGGAUGUCUCGUUCGUGCAGUCUUCCCGGGCUGACCCUCUGGUGAAGGGCUUUGCCGAGGAGGAAAGAGACGAGCAAAGCCGGCGCAAGCGGGCACGAGCUGCUCUCUCUGCCUGGGGCACGAAGCAAGACUCGGAGUUUAAUUUUGGCUCGAUCAAGGCUGAGUUCAAGUAUUCGGAGCCCCCUCCGUAUGAGGCGGAGCGCUUGCUGCAAAAAUUGGCAACCGACCCUGGCAUCAUCGAGAUCAUGAAAACCAGAAAGUUCAAGGUUGGUGUGCUGACUGAGAUGAGCCCAGUAGAAGCACAAGAGCGCAUGGCCAAGCGCGGCACACCGAACAUGGAUUUGCUCGGCUACAACCAAAACUACGGCGGCAUGAUUGUACUUCGGCUGCGGACGGACACCCUGAAGGGGUUUCGGCCCUACCACGACCUCAUCAAUACAUUAAUCCAUGAGCUGACGCACAAUGUUUGGGGUCCGCAUGACAACAAUUUCUGGAAACUAUUCGGCGAGCUAAAGGCCCAGUACAUGCGCUUCCAUCGCUUUUGGAGUCAUGGAGGCAGGGCAGCUGAUAGCAAUGCUGCCGGCCAGUUCCAGGGAUUCGAGGGUGAUGAAAGCGCCGGGAAGGAGGGAAACUUCGGACAUGUACUUGGAAGCAGCCUCGAAGCGGCUCAGACAGAUUCGGACCGAAGGUCUAGAGCGUUGGCUGCGGCCGAAGCUCGCAUGGGCCAGACGGAACCAGAGCUUCCCGAGGAGGAAGACCCAGAGGAGGUUGUGAAGCCAUGGGUUCCGAAUUUCCUGGCCUCGAACGGGCAAUGGAUGUUUGCUUGUCCCUGUGGGGAAACCCACACUGUAUCCACAGACGAGAAGGAUGCGCUCAUCAAUGCAUUGGUUGAGGGUGCAACCACAUGUCUUGUCGGAGCUGCUGCGCCGUCAAGGCCUGUUGAGAUGGAGCAGGAUGCUCAGGACGAUGGUGACAACGUGGAGCAGUCUGGACCAACUGCCGGCGAUCUUACAACGACCGCAGACAGCGAGAUAGAGCCUCAAGCAGCACAGCAGACAGAGGAGACCGAGUCCUCGGCGGCGACUCCGCCUCCACAGGCAGUUUUCGAGGUUGAGGCCUCGGCCCAGACCCGAGCUGCCCCAGCCGAGGAGGAUAUUCCUGCACUGGACCUCUCCGAGUUGGAGCUGCAGGGCUUGGACGGCGCUGCUGUGUGGUUGAAGCGCUUCUCCGAGAAGCUGUCUGGACUAGCUGCCGAACAGGCGACGAAGGCAGGUGCUGUGGAGCUUCUGCUAAAACUGGUGAGAAAUGUAGUCAAAAGCCCAGACGAGCAGAAGUUCCGAAGAAUACGGACGGAGAAUCCGGCAAUCCGUUCGAGGCUGAUAACUGCUGGUGGGGAGAGAGCCGAAGCUUUGAUGACAAUGCUUGGCUUUGAGCCGAUGACGGAGUCAAAUGGCGAGCGAGUGUUCGUCCUGCGGGAUGCGUCGUUUGACUAUGCCCGUCUUCGAAUGGGUCAAGAGCUUCUAGAGGCCGAGUUGGACAAGAUGACUGUGACGACAGCGCAAGAUUCCCGAAUUUGUGGGACAUGUGUUGAACACAUAGGUGACGAAAUCUUUGUGCACUGCCAAUUGCAGCGGUGUUUUCCAGCCAUGGGUCUUUCAAUGGCAACCUCGGACCUUUCUCAGCUCGAAGUUGCCUGGCUGCAUGCAGUGCGAGCAAGACUUCAGUUCCCGCAGCAGAGGGACGACGAGUGCACUGGUCCUGCAGCAAGAGAUGUCCGUGAUGUCUACGCAUUCUUGUCCAUGCUGGCCAUGUUUUGUUACUUCGCGCUGUUGGUUGAUUUCAGUGCGCUUUUUGUUCGCUGCUCUGCCUUCGUAAUGAUCUCGGGACAAGUGCUUCCGGAAUUAGUUCUCAUGCUUGGGGCCGUGUUCUACCUGAUACUGGUGUUCGGGUGCACCACGUCGGCUUCCAGCGAAUCAAGUUCAGAUUUCUCAAACAUUGCGCAAUCGGCGCUCAGCUUUUUCCAGAUCAGCAUCGGUAUGUAUCCAGCGGAAAACUUUCACAGCCUCAAAGAGUCACGCUGGAUUAUGGUGAUGUGUGUCGGAUUUACAGUGUUGGUUGUUAUUUUCCUGUCCAACGUCCUGAUCGCGCAGAUCAUUGGGGCAUACUCCUCAUUGUAUGACAGAAUGCUGGGCUUGGCGCGGCUGAACCGGAUGGCAAUUAUAUGCGAUUCAAUGCCUGCUGUCCGCCGCUCCCGCUUCCGACGCUUUGUGGAGGGGUUGAGGCUGAACGAGCGCAUGGAGUUCGGCGAAGGUGACGUGGGGCUUCCAGGCUGCAUUCAAAUCUUGGAGCCCGGCAACUUGAACCCGACCAACCAGGACUCCAUCAUUCGCUUCGGUGGGUCAACCUCUCCUAAGAUGCCAUGGCCUGAAGACGAGGAGGAUGCAUCGGGAAGCUUGGCAGAGAGGCUUGACAAUCUGACGAAGAUCUGGAAAAAAGCCAUGAGAAGGAUAGAGAAGAAGAGAGACAAAGGUGGUCGGAGGUCUGGUGGCAGCUCCGUUUCUGAAAGGGAAAGCAAAAGCAGAUCUUCCAGCUCAGUAAACUCCGAUUCCUCGCAGUGA